AUAUUUUUAAAUCAUUUUGUGACAGUGGUAACAGUUUCAUUAUAUAUAACUAUAUACUGACUUCAGUUAAACAGAAGAUUUAUUAAUAUUCAUACAUAUAGAGGUAUAUCCAUAUAUAACUAGUAAUAAAUUAUUCAAAACUUAAGAUGACACGCCUAUUAGUCAGAAGCCCAAUGUUAAUGUCCCCAUUUCCAUUUUUCAACAACCAUGAUCGGUAUGAUAAGCCUGUAAAUACAAUAAUAAAACCACUAAAUGAUGAAUUAGGUUGGGACAGAGUAAAAAAAAUAUUUUCUGCUGAAGAAAAUGGAUUUUCCAAAGAACUGCAAUCUAUCAUAAAUAUAACAGUGUCAGGUUUUGCAGUUGGCUUAGUUAUGGGUGGUAUGAGUUCAAGUAAAACCACAAUAAAUAAUUUCAUCAUGAAUAACGAAGCAACACGAUUCACAAGCCAUUUUGAUGCAAAAGAAAGUCUUCAACGAUUGGUAGUUACAAAUUUUUUAAAGAAGGGUGGACGAUAUGGAACAAGAAUUGGGACAUUUUGUUUUAUCUUUAGUUUCAUAACAACAUGUACAUCAUCAUAUCGUGGAAAGGUAGCACUAGAGAAUUAUAUGUUGGGUGGUUCCAUAACAGGAUUAUUAUUUAAAAUGAAUCUGGGGCUUCGAGGAGCGCUUGUUGGCACUGGACUUGGUAGUAUAUUAGGUGGAAUAUGUGGUGGUGUAUCACUUCUUAUUCUUAAGUUAUCAGGAACAACCAUAGAUGAAGUAUUAGAAGCACAAAACAAUUGGAUAAAUUCAAGAAAAACGACGAGUGAAAUGAUGAGAGAACGUAUGAGAGAACAUAUGAGUAGUGAAUUAUCAGAAAUACAAAAAUUACACGAAGAAAAUAAAAAACUGCACGAUAGAAUACACGAAAAUGAUAAUAACAAA